CCCGGUACAGUGGCUUGGGUAUUGUACUAUGACAUUGGAGAUCAGGGUUCAAAUCCCUGCUUGAUUAUGGAAAUCCACUGGGUGAACUUGGGCAAGUCACACUAUCUCAGCCUCAGAGGAGGGCAAAGAUAAUCCUCUUUUGAAUAUAUCUCGUCACAACAACCAGGGCUACCAUUAAUUGGAACUGACUUGAUGGCAGAGAACAAUAAUAUAUUUGUGUAUAUAGAUCUACCUCUUUUUUCUUCCAGAACCUCCAUGUAAGUAUUAUAUUGUCCUCCUUCUCUACUCCUCUAAACACCUUUGUGGAGUUGUUUAUGUCGGGAUAGAUAUAAAAUAGCUCACAAUCAACAAUUGAUCUCUCAUGGGAAACAGUUGAGUAUCUUUAGAAAACAACAGAACAAAAUAGUUUGGGAGUGCCUAGAAUUACUUCUGCAGUCAAGCAUUGCAUCCUCCUAGAAUCAAAGAGUUAGAAGAGACCUCGUGGGCAAUCCAGUCCAACCUCCUGCCAAGAAGCAGGAAAAUCGCAUUCAAAGCACCCCUUACAGAUGGCUAUCCAGCCUCUGUUUAAAAGCCUUCAAAGAAGGAGCCUCCACCACACUCCUAGGCAGAGAGUUCCACUGCUGAACAGCUUUCACAAUUGGGAAGUUCUUCCUAAUGUUCAGGUGGAAUUUCCUUUCCUGUAGUUUGAAGCCAUUGGUCUGCAUCCUAAUCUCCAGGGCAGCAGAAAACGAGCUUGCUCCCUCCUCUCUAUGACUUCCCCUCACAUCUUUAUUCAUGUCUCCUCUCAGCCUUCUCUUCUGCAGGCUAAACAUGCCCAGCUCAUUAAGCCACUCCUCAAAGAACUUGUUCUCUAAAGUUUUGCACAGAUUUACGGAUGCCUUUUUUUUUUGCAGUUUGCAAAUGCUCAGAUAAAAAAAUAGCAAAAAAAUACCCUGGAUUUUGUCAUUUAGUAGCAAGGGCAGAAGAGACUGAUCAUCUCUGAAUUUUCAUUCUUAAAUUACAUUGAUUGAAAGGAAAGGGGCGCAUCUAUACUUGGAAUGGCUAUAGCUCAAUGCUUUGGAACCAUGCGAGUUUUAGUUCUGCAAGGCCUUUAGCCUUUGCUGACAAAAAGUGUCUCAUCAAACUGUAUCCCCCAAGAUUCCACAGCAUUGAGCCCUGGCUGUUAAAGUGAUAUCAAACUGCAUUAAAUAUACAAUGUAGAUGCACUGACGGUGUAUUGAGUUGCCAGGUCUCUCUCUAUGGAAGGCAUGGGCAAACCUUGGCCCUCCAGGUGUUUUGGAUUUCAACUCCCACAAUUCCUAACAGCCUGCAGGCUGUCCAAAACACCUGGAGGGCCCAGGUUUGCCCAUGCCUGCUCUAUAGUCUCCUGGGGGCGAAAAAUUAAGGGAAAAAACACCACUUUUGAAAGGUGGGUCCCUUUCCCCCCCUGCAUUAUUCUUUUCCUCCUGAUUGGAUUCCUAGAGCAAGUGUAUAAGCGAGAGAAACCCUUCUCUUGUUGAUUUCCCGCCCACUGGAAAGCACAGGAGCCUUUCAGGUAGAAAAGAUGGCCCUAUAAGGUGGCCACCAGGGGAGCUCAGGUGGUAAGGAAGACGAUUUUUGGCCUCCGGGGUCAGAUGCUGCUCUUUGCAAAGCCUGGCUGGUGAGUGGAGAGGUGGACUUGGAAGCAAAGCGCCUUCUCUGUAGCUCUGUCUGAUUAGAAACGAAAGUGGAAGCCCAUCCCUCUCUCUCAGGUAAGGAAAAAAUUCAGGAGUAGGAAAGGCUAACAGUCCUUCUUCCCACAGUUGAAAAUACUGAAGGCAGAGCUCGUUCCCAAAUCCAUCCAAUUCCCCUUUGGGUGUAAGGAAGGAAAUGUCUCUGAAGAACCUUUGGAAGAACUUCGAUCUCUCUUGAAGCGGGCAUUUGUGGGAUAUAGAAGUCCUCCCAGGGUUGCAGAACACGUAUCCUCUACGUCUUGUUUGACUCGGAAUCUUCCUAAAUUACUUCUGGAAGAUGGGAGAUGGCUGUUGUAGAUCUGGCUCAAGUUCCUGAAGCUUUUGUGGAGGUGACUGUACGUUCAAAUGAGUUGCACUGUUCACUGGUUGGCCGUUGUCGGAGAGCAUUGUGCAAGAAAGCCAUGCAAGAGAAAUACAGGAACAUGACCUCUUUUGGAGGGUUUCCUGUUCACACCUCUGACCUGCUGAGCCGCCUAAAGCGCCUAAACCGAGGGGAAGAGGCCUGGGUCCCAGAUCUCCAAAGCUCUGAUGAGAGUGCAGAUGAAGGGCCAGUGAAGCCAACACUGAAACGAUGGCCAAAGGGAGGAGUGUGGUGGGAUCGGUACAGAAGUCCUACAGCGUACCCUAGUAGUUCAGAGUCUACACUCACAGGCGACGAACAGGGAAGUGAGGCUGAAGAUGAGAAACUUCAGCAUGCAAGUUACAGACAGGCAAUACUUUGUGGAAAUUUAGUGGACAUUUCUAAGGAGAACAGGUCAAAUAGUCUCAAGGAAAAAGAGGCCUGUAGGAAUGGGUCUCAGUUGAAGAAACCUCCUCAAAGCCAUCUAGGAAAGUUAAUGGUAAAUUUAGCAGAUGCCAGUGACAAGGAGAAGGCUGUGGGAGAAGAGCCGCAAAAUACUUGCCUUAGCUGUAACACGGCCUUCAAAUCAAAACUAUCCCUUUCCAAUCAUCUGAGAAUACAUGCUAACGAGAAUCCCUACGAAUGUUCUUCCUGUGGAGAAACAUUCACCGCAAAAAAGAAGCUUGUUAAACAUUUAAGAAGCCAUGAAGAAAAAAAAAGUUCUAAAUCUCCAAGCAGCUCUACGAAGCAUCAGAAUAAUCCCUCAGAAAAAAUGCCUUAUAAAUGCCUGGAGUGCAGUAUGCGUUUUAUGACAAAGGACCAGCUUUUGGUACACCAAAAGAAACAUGGGGCAAAACGGCCCCAUAUCUGUCCUGAGUGUGGGACAGCUUUCAUUCAAAAGCCACAUCUUAACAGGCAUCUAAAAACCCAUCAACGUCAAAAAAUGGAUAACCCUCCCGAGGAUGAGAAAGAAGCAAAAGGAGAAGAUUCUCCUGAAACACCUGAAAAGGAAUCCUCAGCAGACCCAGUUUGUGAGCCAACAGUUUCACCAGAGAGCCCCACCAAAGACCAGGAAGAUCAGACUGAUCUCUAUAAAUGCCAGAUUUGUGGGAGAUGUCUAAGGUCCAAAAGUUUGCUGGUUGAUCAUGAGAGAAUCCACAGCGAAAAGAAACCUUAUCCGUGUUCCUACUGUAACAAAAGCUUCCAUUUGAAACAUGUAUGGUUGCAGCACGAAACAAUCCACAAAAGACCAACAAAUGGCUACAAGAAGGGAAGACGACGUCCUUCCUCUGGUUCCAAAAUGCUCCAGAAGGAGUCAGAAGACCCCAUUGGUGGGAAAAUAGCUGCUCAUAGCAGUGAGGUGGUCCCGCACUCAAGGAGAAACGUGCCCAGGUUGCUCUAUCAGUGCCAGUAUUGUGGCAAAUCCUUGAGCACAAUUGUUACACUUGCUGAUCAUGAGAAACUUCACAUAGAAGAGAAACCCUAUAAAUGCCAUGAGUGUGCAGAAAGUUUUGUUCGAAAGUGCAACCUUAUUCAGCAUCAAAAGAUUCACUCACAACAAGGGCCUUUAAAUCCUAGCAAGUAUUUGACAAGAUGGAGGCUGAAGAGUCAUCAUACAGAACAGAAACAUUAUACAAGUCUUGGACAUGGCAUCACUCACAACAUGUGCCAUUUUAGGGACCCCAAAACCUUUAUGGAGGGCAAGUACUACAAGUGUCAGCAUUGUAAGAAAUAUUUAAAAACGAAAAGCUCACUUGUAAACCAUAAAAUAAUCCAUAAGAGAAAAACAUAUCAGUGUGUAGAGUGCAAGAAAAGCUCUCAGAAGCAGCAUCUUUUUUCCCACCAUAAAAAACACAAAAGGAAGAAAUUGUCCGUGUGCUCAGUUUCUAAGCAAAAACUUAGCAAAAAAUGUUUGCCUACAUCCCUCAAACAUGGGAAGUGGUGCAGAAGAAAGCUGACAUGCUGUUGUCAUCAUUGUGAGAGGAGUUUUAAUUGUAACUAUACCCUCUGUAGGCAUAAAAGUGGCCACUCAGGCCACAGAUUUGUUGCCUGUCGGAAAGGCUUUUUCCAGACCUCGCAUCAGAAGAAACAUGAAAUGAUUCACCUGAAAAAAGAGACCUCAUCUAUAACAGGAGAAAACAAUGUUUUGCAGGACUCUGGGGAGGAAAAAAUAAAGCCACAGGAAGUAUUAAGAGCAAGAUCCAAGGUGGGAACUUUGGAGGAUUCUGAACGGGGGAAAAGACAUGUUCAGGUGCAAGCAAAAUUAUCUAGAACACCAACCAACAAUGUUCUCCACAGCCACGGGGAAGCAGAGGUUCUUGUCAAGAAGGUUGUGAAACCAGAAAGGAAUCUAAGAAGACAAAACAUUGCCAUUCUACAUUAUAGACAGAACAAAUGCUACACCCACCAGCAGCUUCAGCCAAAAAAACAUUCCAAAAAGAAACAUCUCCAAACUUGCAAGAAAGAAAAAAUCUGUUCUGAUUUGCAGUUGAGGUCACAGGCACCACCACAAAGAAAAUCAAAGAGGGAGAAACAUUUGCCUAGCUGGUGGGCCAGAUUUGGCUUCUGUCAGCAGGAGGAGAUAACGCCAAGAACGAAAUCCCCAAAGGCCAAGGUCUGUAAUGAUGUAAAAGACUGCAGUAGUCCCCAAAAGAGCCCAAGUGCAACAGUUCCCUUCGGGUUAUUGAAAAAUACCACCAAAAGCUGCAGGCCAGAAAAUCUCUGUUUCAGUUUAUCACCCUACAGAACAUUUUCUAGAGAAUCAAAAAUGGAGACUAGUGAAAGAAUUGUUCAAGGGAGUUCAGUCUAUCUUGAACAGCAAAAAGGUCUACAGAAAGUUCUGGAGAGGAAACGAGGAGAUCCUCAGAGAUGUAACUCAGAUGUAUAUGAGCCAUUGCUCUCCAAAAGCAAUGCUCCUCAAAACUGUGAAGGAAUCAACCCCACAGAGGCAGUCCAAAAUACAGUUUCUCAAAAGCAGGAGAAAUUGUCCAGGCAGCAACCAGAAGUUCAGUUAAUGCCAUCAGAAGCAGUUGGAAACCCCACUCCACAAAGUCACAGGGAAGGAAGAAGUUGCUCUGAACCAGUAAGAACAACAUUGUGUGAAGUGCAGAGUAGAGCUCCUGCGAAGGAAAUGGUUACUCAGCAUCAGCCCGAAGAAACACCAACUAAACAUGUGUGUACUCAGUGUAUGAAAUCAUUUUGGAGUGAAAAAAACCUUCUCCUACAUGAGGCAAUCCACAAAGGAAACAACAGGCCCUUUGGUUGUACUCGGUGUGAUAAAAGUUUCUAUGCUAUACACAGUCUUUAUGUUCACAUGCGUGUCCACACAGUAGAAAAGCCAUUCAAGUGCUCCAAGUGUGACUUUCGCUGCAAUGUGAGUUCCAACCUCAGGAGGCACAAGAAAACCCACGUCCUAGAGAAACCCUUUCCUUGCCUGCAGUGUGAGGAGAGCUUCUGGUUCAGCCACAGCCUUUUUGCCCAUUUGAAAAUCCAUAGUGUGAAGGAACCUUACAAAUGCCCUGAAUGCGAGCAGAUGUUUUCAAGGAAAAGCUUACUCAAACAGCAUAGGAAAUCCAAACACCAUUCAGGAGCCAUAUCUGCCUGUUCAGAUACAAGAUAGUGCCUCUCUUCUGUUAUGGUGCAUGUAUUGUGUGCAUGUAUUCUUCUGCCAUGUAUUUGUUGUGGCAGAGAAGCAUUAUAUCCCACCUCACUAUGCUGAAGCUGAGACUUUUUACAGGAGAGCCAGGACUUUCUUCCACACUAAUGGAGCAUCAAGGGGCAAAGGAGGCCUCCUUAACAUUGUGCAAUUGGUUAUUCAUAUGCCUUGCUCUCAAGCAAACUCUUGUUGCAUCCACAGAGCAAUGCCUGUUCCCUUCCUGUGAACUGCAUGGGGAGAACCCUUUAGAACAGUGGUUCUCAACCUGGAGUCCCCAGAUGUUUUGGCCUUCCAAUUCCCAGAAAUCCUAACAGCUGGCAAAUUGGCUGGGAUUCUGGGAGUUAUAGGCCAAGAAGCAGGUUGAGAACCACUACUUUAGAAAGUGAAAGAGUUGAAGUACAAGAUAAGGUUAACAAAAUGUCAGGUUCUGUAAGUUGUGUGAUGACAAUAGGAUUUUGAAUGCUGUCUGGAUCUCAUUCUGGGAAAGGCUUCCUUUAUUCUUUUAACCUUGUAUCUUUUGGGGUUGAUCAAUAGCUUUGACAAAAAUAUAUGAACCGACUCAGUGUUAGCCAUUAUAAUGAAGCUGUGGUUUGUUGCAGAUUUCUUAGGCAUUCGAGCCCUACUGUGGUCUGUUUAUUAUAGAAAGAUAUAUAUAUAUAUAUAUAUAUAUAUAUAUAUAUAUAUAUAUAUAUAUAUAUAUAUAUAUAUCCUCUUGAAAAUUGUCUGCCUUUUACUAGAUAGUUCAUAGGAUUCUCCCCUCUUAACUAAAUACCAUUUUCUGUAUUAUAAAUAUCCGUGUGUGUAAUAAAAAUUCAGUUAGACUCAAUUUACUGUCUUAAUU